GAUUUGUAUGAAAAUGUUCAUACAAGUUUAAUCACAGCUAUCACUGCUAUUUCUUAUACAUCACAAUCAGCUACAGGUCUGUAACACUGUCAGUGCAGAAGCUCAGAAAGGUAGCAUCAACCUCCACCCACAUAUAUAUAUAUACACAAAACCACUAAUACUCAACCACUGGCUUUUCCAGUGCUGGAAUUAAUUAUAUUAGACUUGCUCAAAACUUCAAGGACACCAACUACAACGAUAGACUCAUAGUAAUCAUUGCCUUGGAAAGUUCCAUACAAGGUAUAUUCUAAAUAAUACUAGGUUUUGUCCAUAGGUUGGGAGAUGUUUCACAAUGGAUAAAGGCAUUCAGCAUCCCAGUGAGAUUCUGUCUAAUCAAACUAUCUCUAACAUUAGUUAUUCUCAGUUUUUGAACUUUGAUACAUGCCAAUCUUCCUUCCUUGCAGAAUUCUUGCUUAUUACAGCCUACACAUUAGUUACAAUAGUGGGGCUUUUUGGAAAUCUUUGCCUGAUUAUUAUAAUAAAGAGACGGAAAGAAGCUCAAAAUGUUACCAAUGUUUUGAUUGCCAACCUCUCUCUAUCAGAUGUCUUAAUCUGUAUCAUGUGUAUUCCUGUCACGGUUGCAUAUACCUUAAUGGACUACUGGAUAUUUGGGGAAGCUAUGUGUAAAAUAAGUUCUUUCAUACAAAGUAUAUCUGUCACAGUCUCCAUUUUCUCACUUGUACUGAUUGCUAUUGAGAGAUACCAGUUAAUUGUGAACCCACGUGGCUGGAAGCCUAAUAUUUCACAUGCUUACUGGGGAAUUCUUUUCAUCUGGGGCUUUUCCCUCAUAAUAUCCAUUCCUUUUUUAAUCUUUCACCAAUUAACUGAUGAACCCUUCAAACAUCUGUCUUUCCAUAGUGAUUUCUACAAGAACAAGGUUGCUUGCAUCGAAGCAUGGCCAUCUGUUACAGAACGACUGAUUUUUACCACUAGUCUGCUGGUUUUCCAGUACUGCUUCCCACUGGGGUUUAUUUUUAUCUGCUAUCUCAGGAUAUUUGUAUGUCUUCGAAGGAGACAUGGUAAAACAGACAGAAUGAGAGAGAAUGAGAGCAGACUGAGUGAAAACAAAAGGAUUAAUUUCAUGUUGAUAUCAAUUGUUGUGACUUUUGCAGCUUGCUGGUUGCCUAUCAAUAUAUUCAAUGUUAUUUUUGACUGGAACUAUGAGGCACUAAUGAGCUGCAAUCAUAAUCUGGCAUUUACAAUAUGCCACCUUGUGGCCAUGAUCUCAACAUGUAUCAAUCCCAUCUUUUAUGGAUUUCUCAACAAGAAUUUUCAGAAGGAUUUGAUAGUAUUAGUUCACCACUGCAGAUGCUCAGCAUCACAAGAGGAGUAUGAAAAUAUUGCCCUUUCAAAUCUACAAACUGAUGCAUCUAAGGGAUCUUUGAAAAUAAGUAAUCCCCCUGUGGAUAUCUAAAAUAAUCCAACAGCAGUUUCCAAAAUUUUCUAUUUUGUUGCAGAUGACCUCUUUCUGUAGGUCUUGAUCAUGUUACUGCUGAGUUUAGAGGAGGUCUUUGCCAUUUAGCUCAGCAAAAACAGGAGUAUGCUCCCAUAGGCAUACUCUUAACAGGUACCUUAUGAUAGUAUUAAUGCUAAUAAACUGCUUCCAAGAGUCCUAAAUAUCAAUAAUAAUGAAUUAUAAACAGUAUUAACAUCUUACUUUUUUAAUCCACAGUUUCCAAGUCACUGGCAUACUACCUUAGCACCAAUAAAAAUAUUUCCAUUUCAGCCACUGAUGCACUUGUCCUUCCUAAACACCUGGCCUCACCCAAUUAAACCAUGAAUACUAUGGCAUUCCUAACUUCAUCAGCCUUUUCACAGAUGGUUUUCUGGCCUUUUAAUUUUCCAAUACUACAUUGUUCCCACCUCUGGUUAAUCUGCACAACAGUUUAUAGGCAGUUCAUACUGCAAGGAAGGCCCUUUAAGUUAUCCUAAGCCUCCACCACCUUCCUUUCAGCCGCAGCAUGCAGUUUGCUUUGGUUUAGUACCAGUUCAGCCUAGAAAUUAUAUUUUAAUAAGGGAAAAGGCUAGAGUGGGAAUUUCUUUGGGGUUUGUUGUUGUUGUUUAAAUGAGCACUAAUACAGGCACCACUUGAUGUACUGAAAAUGCCACCCAGAUUUAUGCUGUUCAAGAUGAAAUACAUAUUUAGCAUUUAUCCUAAAAGCAUUAUAUCGCACUCCAAACCACCAGUAGAGAUCAUUGCUUUUUCUGUUACCAUCACUACUGGUCCUUAAAACAGACCUUUUAGAUUCUCCAUUAUCGAACAAACACACUAUGAAUUCAGAGUAAAUUUUGCUUUAGCUACUUAUCCAGGUUAUAAGUUCCUCUUUGAGUAGAAAAUGAGGUUUGCAUUUUAAUUUCAGAAAUAUCUUUCCCCACAUUUCUGCACUAGCAAGAGGCCACACUUGAGGCGGAUGUGGUCAUUUCUGUUAGACUGUGUUUGAAAAUAGUUUCUUUUGUGACACAGCGCAUAGAAGCCUAAAGGUGUAACACUGAACACAACUUUUCUCAAACUAAAAUAUUUUAAAAAACAUUUUCCAGUUUGGCCAUAAAAAAAUAACCAAACAUAUUCUUCAUCCAUGCUACAGUGCCAAUAUAAAUAAUCAGUUAAUAUUGGGCUGUUUAAAUACAAUACUUAGAACACUUUAGUCCAGCAACUCACCAUGCUUUCUCUUGUUCAACUUAAAUACAAUUAAUCGCCUGUAUUGCUAAAGCCCCUUCUUUUUUUUUUUUACUUCCAAAAAUCACCCUUCUUUUAACACUGGUACAUAAAAUUCCUUGUAAUUUAUUCUCUAACCUCAGCAAUUUACCGAUGACCCACUUAAGCAAAAAGAAUUAACAUUCAGAUUACAAUCAGCUCCUUGAUGAUUCAGCUGUGAUGAAAUUUACCUUAAGGCUAUAAAAUUCUCUUGGACAGGGACCAUCAUCUUCUAUAGCCAUACAGUUCUUAAAGGAUUCCAUCAGGUCAUCAUUCUCUCGUUCUGUUGCUACAGCAUUAGCACAAACUGUCUGCAUUGCUCCACUCAUCAGAGGAG